GGGGGACAGAGCCAAGAACCAAAAGUCGGUGUUGAACAGGAGGGAAAAUAACCAUGUCCAAGCCGUGAAACGCGCACAUUCCGCGCUUCCACGCCGUGCAUACUCCUCCGUGUGGGCACAGAGGCCAACUGGGGGUAAGACCUCAUUGGCUGGCGUGACCCCACCCUCCAACAGGCCCGCCACCUCCUUAGGCGGGCCCUGAUUGGCUGGACCUUGGCUGGCAGGAAGAAUGGGUGACACCCUCAACUAACCAUCACAGUUUCCUCCCCCCUCCCCUGACAUCACUGUUCAUUGCUGUGUUGUGAACCGUGAUUCCCUCCAACUGCCUUGCUGUAGAGUACUAUGGCAAUGCAUGAUAUGAGUCGAGCCAAGGGUUUCCCCUGUAAAGAAUGUGAUAUGGUCUGCCCGAGUACACCAAGUCUUCUAGAGCAUAUGAAAGCACAUUAUCAGCAGGAAGAGAACGGCCGUUUCGAGUGUGAACAGUGUGGAAGGAUUUACAAGCACGCAGCUAGCCUCGCCAAUCACAAGAAGUCCCACGAAGUCGGAUCCUUCCAGUGUCCGGUUUGCACACGUACGCUGCCCAACGCGGUGGCUUUGAAGAACCACCUCCGGAUUCAUACUCUGUCCCCAAGCAGCGCCCACGCAGAGGAGGAGAGCGAGGAGGUGCCCGAGGAGCCCGGGCAGGAGGAGAGGGACUACGGCCUCGCCCAGGACCUCUCGGACGGGUUUGGACGCUCCCAUUUGAACAAUAGUGGUAUGGGACAUAGUGUCCUGCAAGGCCACGAGACAGACGACCACGGGAAAAAAGGCUCCCCAGAAUCUGACGACGCCUGGGAUAGGCCGUUCAAGUGUGACCAGUGCGACAGGACUUACCGACAUCACGGGAGUCUGGUGAACCACAAGAAGUGUCACCAACAAGGAACUUUUAAGUGUUCUGUGUGUUUCAAACAGUUCAGCAACCUGGCUGCCCUAAACAGCCACGAGAGAACUCAUUCGAAGUUCAAGACGCCGGGGGCCUCCAUGGUGAGCAGCAGUAGUAGCAGCAGCAGCCUCCAUGACUCGGAGCGCGGCGCCGGCUCGCAGUCAUCCCAGAGCGAUGACGCCACCUCGUGUUUCUGCCACCUGUGCCAGAUCGCGCUGCCAAACAAGGCCGACUUUCAGGAGCACAUUCUGCUGCACAACACGGCCUCGCCUUCCCUCGGACUGCCGCGCAGCUUCCCUGGCAUCAUGCCUCACAACCUGAGUGCCGUCCGGUCCCCGGCGUACACCCCAGCCCUGGGAGACCCUCUGCCCUUACCACCUCUCCCCUCUGACAAAAGAGGCCCUUAUGACCCUAUAAUGGGCCCUCCGGUAAAUAACCCCAUCUACACAUGUGCAUACUGUGGGGCAGGCCACCCGGACCUGGAGACUUUGAAAGUCCACUAUCUCACCCACGAUCCCCACCCGCCAUCCCACAGUCAGGACAGCUCCAUCCUGAACUCGGACACUCUCAGUUCUGGCUCGCAGGGCUCGGUGGCGUCGCCCUCCGGAGGCCGCGUGCCUCAGGCCAACUCUCCGGAUGAUGAAGAGCGGCGCUUCAAGUGUGGGGAGUGCGGUAAAAGUUACCGACAUGCAGGAAGUCUGGUCAACCACAAACGCUGCCAUCAGACCGGCCACUACCAGUGCACCAUCUGUUGUAAGCAGUACCCUCACCUGGCGGCCCUGCACAGCCACCUGCGGAGCCACAAGGGCCGUCCCACCAACCAGCCAAUCAACAGCGACAGCAGCGACUGGCUGUCCCCAGAACCGCUCACGCUGGACUCCCAGCAGAGCUACGUCCAGGAGGGCAGCGGCGCCACCACUCCAAUCUCACUACUAGGAAACCUCGGGGACGCCACCCACCUUGUGCCGGACGGCGGCCACAGCAGCGGGCUGGACUCUCUGGAGUUUCACGAUCGUUUUGACGGCAGCUCGCUGUCCCAGAGCAGCUCGGCUCACCGGCAAGCCGACAGACACGUAUGUGCCGACUGCGGCGAGAUGUACGGCGACGUUUCGGGCAUUAAGUCCCACAUGUGUCCUCGCCGCGGCCAGCAGCAGCCGCCACAGCAGCAGGGUAACAUGUCCAACGGCUUCAUGGGGAACAUGUCCUACCACGGCUCCGGUGGGACCUCGCUGCCAUCCGGAAGCUCCAACAGCAUGAAAGAAGGCAGCAGCCAGAGACAGUUCUCCCAGAGCGGAGGGAAGAGGAUGGGGAGCAACGACAAGGAGGAUGAUGACGAUGGGGAGGUGUAUCAGUGCUCGGUGUGCGGCAACCACUACGCAAGCCUCAGAGCCCUCAGGAGCCACCUGCGCAGCCACGCCAAUAACCCAACAGGACCAGGACCUUCCAACCUGGACCAGGACUGGAGGAUGAUCUGCUCAACAUGCGGCCAGAGCUUCUCCAGGAAGCAGGACCUCCUGAAUCACCAGUUAAUCCACGGCCCCCAGAGGCAGGACAGCCAGCAGCAAGGUAUCGCCAGUAGCUCGGCCAACGGCAGCAAGAUGGACGGCCGCAACCACAUCUGUGUAGACUGCGGCAUGUUUUUUGCGGACCGCCACCAUCUGAUCACCCAUUUGUGCCCUGGAAAAAAUCAGUCCAGCUCCAUGAACAAGCCAGGUCUGAAUGGAGCCAAAGGCAUGUCGGGUGGGGACGGUGGUGGUGUGGCUGGAGGAAGCCGUGACGUCGGAGCCGAUGGGCGCAGGCCGCUGAUUGAUCAAAGCGACAAACCCCACAAGUGCGACCAGUGUGGAAGGGGAUACCGACACCCCUGCUCACUUCUCAACCACAAGAAGUCCCACAAAACCGGCGUGUUCCGCUGCCUGGUGUGCCAGAAGCGCUACUACAACCUGCUGGCCCUGAAGAACCACCAAAGGACCCACUUCGACCUGAAGAGACACAAGUGUGAGGAAUGUGGCAAAGCCUUCAAGAUCCAGAAGCAGCUGAUCAACCACCUCCGUCUGCAUGAGGAGCACCGGGCCAAAGGCCUGGUCCGGACCGGCCCCAACGGUUCCCGUUUCCAGCAGCCGGGCCCAUCUCAGAUGCAGACUAUGAGAGGGGAGUCUUCGAAGGGCCAGGUGAUGGGGGUCAAGUACAGCCAUCAAGGCUUCAAAAAGCCCUACUCCUCGGCUGGCACCUCCAGGCCCCAAAAGUUUGACCCGGCAGAAAGCGGCCGGCGGCCUUUCGCCUGCGAGGAAUGCGGGAAGACGUACCGGCACGCUGGCAGCCUGGCCAACCACAAAAACCUCCACAAGAUCGGGGAGUACCACUGUAACGUCUGCAACUCCACCUACCCCAACCGGCUGGCCAUGAAGAACCACCUCCGCCUGCACUUCGCCCAGAAGAAGCACAACUGCCAGGAAUGCGGCAAAGGCUUCCGGACCCAGCGGCAGCUCGCCACCCACACUACAGCUGGCCUGUGCAAGGGCCCACAGGGCCCCGGGGCCCAGAUGGAUUUUGAGUGCGACGGCUGCUGCGAAGGCUUCGCCACGGCCGACGAGUUGGCGGCUCACAACUGCCCGGCGCAGCACCUGCCUUCGUCGUCCUCCACCACUAGCUCCACCAGCGUCAGCAUGGAGAGGAACUCAGUGGACAUGGACUCGGAUGAGCGGCCGUAUGCCUGCGACCUCUGCAGCUGCACCUACAAACACGCCAGCUCCCUGCUCAACCACAAGCAUACGCACAAGACCGGAAACUUCCGCUGCAACUUCUGCGACAAGCCCUACACCAACUACAUGGCGCUGCGCAACCACAUGCGCAUCCACACGCAGCGCAAGAAGCACAUCUGCCACACCUGUGGGAAAGCCUUCCGGCUGGCCCGGUUCCUCCGAAACCACCAGAAGGUGCACGAGGAGGGCGCCACCCCCUUCGGCUGCCCCACCUGUGGGAAGAGCUUCCAGGGGAGGUCCGGUCUGGCUCGGCACCGCUGCGGGGACAACCAGGUAGGCAUGGAAGUCAGGAGGAAGGCCACUGCACCCACGGGAGAGGGAGAAGAGUGUCGGUACACAUGUGAUCAGUGCGGCCGGUCCUACCGCCACGCCAGUUCCCUCCUCAACCACAAGAACACCCACACCGUUGGCAUCUACCACUGCGCCGUGUGCCUCAAGACCUACUCCAACCUGCUCGCCCUGAAGAACCACCGCCGCAUCCACUCCGAGACGCGGCGCCACCGCUGCCACGACUGCGGGAAAGCCUUCCGAGUGUCUUCGCAGCUCUACAACCACCGCCGUGUCCACCAGAAGCAGCGGGAGCUGACCUGCCGGUCCUGCCAGCGGGCCUUCCCCACCCAGGCCAGCUUCAGGCUCCACAUGGAGAUCACCCAUGGCCAGGCGCCGCAGCCCCGCCAGCCCAGACCCCAGCAGCCGCGCCCGGGGGGCUCCCAGGAGCUGGGCUGGGGGUCUGGCCUGGACCUCACACUCAUGCAGGAACAAGGACUUCACCCCAGUAGCUUGGCCAAGGCCCGUGCCCGGGAAGGCGACGGUGAGGUUGCCAAGCCCCAUGUGUGCGACCAGUGUGGGCGGUCCUACCGGCAUGCCAGCUCCCUGCUCAACCACAAGAACAGCCACAAGACCGGGACGUACUUCUGCUCCUCCUGCCAGAAGGAGUUCCCCAACCUGAUGUCCCUGAAGAACCACCGGCGGAUCCACACCGAGCCAAAACGCUACCAGUGUCCCGACUGCGGGAAGUCGUUCCGGGUUUCUACGCAACUGAUCUGCCACCGGCGGAUCCACACCAAGGAGAAGCCGUUCUCCUGCCAGCAGUGCGACAAGCGCUUCUCCUCCAAGUCCAACCUGAGGCACCACAUGAAGGUCCACUGGAGCAGCUCCGCCCCCCCGCAGCCCGUGGCUGUUCCCAACUACCUGGGCAUGCCUGGGGGGCCCUUCAUUUAGGCUGAGGAGGGGUUAGAUGCCAAAACGUAGCCCAACCUUCCUCUUCCUCACACAUAUAUACGACCGGCUGCAGCCUCCCCUCUGCUGCAUGCUGCCUCCUCUGACUGUGGCCCCGCCCCCUGAGCCGGACCUGGACUAGUUCUGAGAGACACUUGGGUCCUGGUGGAGACUGUUGGGGGUUUAAGGGUUCACAUGGAGUUGCUCUUUGGUGUGUGUGGAUGAAACGUUCUGGUGGCCUUCGUCAGCAGUUGUGGGUCAUGUGAUGAGAGCGGUGCUCCCCUUUUUUACGUUCUCUUUCUGGAGCAGCAAAGACUUCUGGGAACUCUGAGGACUGAGACUGAGGAGCUGCUUUAAAUGUGAGGGUGUUCCUGACAUGGUGCUCACACACCUGGACCUGGUACGAACAGUCCGUUACAGACCGCCAUGGUUAAAGUGUCCCGAUUUCACCGGGUCCUGUAAACUGACCCAUUUCAGAAGAUCUGAAUUAUCCUGACACCAGCACGCUGAGAACUCUGACCCGUUACCCGAGGUUUCCACAAACGGAGCUGACAGAUUGGCUCUGAUGUUUCAGGUUUUUCCUGCAGCAUUUACCAGUGUUUCAUCUGUUAGUACAGACAAAAAGAACGUGUUGAUCAUGUGACUGGUCACAUGACCGAUCACCAGGGCCUGAAGUUCACCGCAGGAAUCACCAAAAUGGGAUCCAUUUCUGCAAACCCAGCUCUUACAGUUUGGGAAAUUCCUGCAUACAGCGAUGUGCUAUAAGUGCAGCAAAGGUUUGCAUCAGAGCCUAAAACUAAAAGGAAGAAGAGGAACCCCCCCAUGUGAAGGGGGGGGGGGGGGGGGUUAUAAAAAAUGAAUUUCAGGCUCUGUCGAUCAAUUAACCGAUCACUUGGCUCAUAACAUGACCGAUCAAUUAAUUGAUCACAUGACCGGUCGUGUGAUCCGUCACGGCUGAUCGUGUAACAUCUGGAUCGAUGGAUACGAGCAGCGAUGGUUCGUUAGUUUAGGUUUUCUUGAUGUGUUAACAGACUAUAAUGAACCGUUAGCUUAGUCAGACCUCAGAAACUCUCCUGGUCCAAUCAGAACAUUUUACUUUGGCCUGAUGGGCCAAUCAGAACUGUGGCCUGAUGGGCCAAUCAGAACGUUUCACUGUGGCCUGAUGGGCCAAUCAGAACAUUUCACUGUUGCCUGAUGGGCCAAUCAGAACGUUUCACUGUGGCCUGAUGGGCCAAUCAGAACAUUUCACUGUUGCCUGAUGGGCCAAUCAGAACGUUUCACUGUGAGUGUUGACAGAAAACCAUAAAACAGAAACGCACAUUGAGCUGAUGGGAAACCGUCUGCUGUGCGACACGAAGCGACCGAGUCCAGGUGUGUGAGCCGGGGAACAUCUGAUGGACCUGAUCCGAACCCACACAGGUGAGCACUGUGGGGGUGGAGCCUCUGUGUAUUGUAAUUGUUGUAAUGCAGUUUUCUAAGAGGACAGAAGACGUAGUAACACAUUUAUUUAUCUGAUGAUGAUGAUAUUAUUAACGUGUACUGGACAGCGGUAGUGUGUAGGCUGUGUGAGUUUAGAGCUGUGUCGAUGUGAACCGCCCCCCCUGGAGCUGACGGACUGAUCCAGACUCCACGAGGACCCAACCACGCGGGAUGUCUUCUUCUGCCUUCUUCACUGCGUGACGUCGUGCCGAGCCUUCCCAUCAUCCCUCUCUUCUUCCAUAUUUAUCUCCUGGCCGAGUUAAAGGGACGCCGGGGCGCACUCGGCUCCUUCCACCUGUCGUAUUUAUUGGUGUUUCUUUCCUUGGGAUUAUUUAACGAGGUUGUUGGAAGCCUCUGUGUGUCUGUCAGCGUGUUCAGGAGCACCGGUGCUAGUUUAAAAAAGAAAAAGUAAAAAAGUGAAAGCUGUGCAGUGACCGUUAAGUGCUGUAGGAGUCCGUGUGAUCUAGAACACAGAAAUAUUAACUGUACAUUCGCCGUCUUCUUCCUCCACCUCCGUUUGUUUGGACACUUCCUGCCUGCAUUUCAAGUAGAUUAGAGAAGAAGAAGAAGGUUUGGAGCAACUAUAACCCUUUUUAUUUGAAGCUCUAACGUUCUGUUUCCAUUCAUAUAUAUAUGUAAUGCUUACUAUACACUUUUAUAAACUAUGUUUUGAUAAUUCAUUUCUUAACAGAAAACUUGUCCAUAUACUAUAACCUUACUGCUGAGUACUGAAAAUAAAUAGCUGAGAAAA